AUGCCUCCAAAACCCAAACCCAAGGUGUCUACCUCCAAAGACCUGGUGGCCACCGGACCCAAAGAGGUCUUCUCCAACGCUGCAACGAAGCCAGGAAAACGAGCCCCGCAAGAAAAGGCCACAACAACACGCGCACUUGUUCUCAGGAAUGGAAAAUAUGGAGCAAGAGGAACUGGGGAGGUUAUGCUUAUGAGCAGGAUGAGUGGUCGUGAAAAAAUGGAUCUUCUUGCAGAGGAUCUUAUCGAGAGGUCGAAGAAAGCCCUGAUAACCCCUUUGAAUCUCGAAAGGUCCAUGAAACUCGCUGAAUCUCAAUGCGAUGCAUACGUCGAUGACAUUGCCGACAUGCGCGACCCAGAGCUUUUCCGUAACAUAGUUGAAACUGAGAUUAGUGCUAGGAAUGACCCCUCAAGAAAGGAGCCGCGCAAAAAUCCCACACAUGUUGCGAAAUUAGUGGCUACUAGAGUCCACAAUUCCUUCAUGCUUGCAUCAGCCUGGAAAAUCGUUUCAGAGACUCUUAAUAACCUUGCUGUUGACGGCCUGUCGGACAAAAACGUCAAAUUGAAGCUCAAGAAUGACGUCGAUAUGAGGGAUCGUUAUCUCGUUUUAUAUGACAUGGUUAAUACCUUGGUCGACGUUAGUCAAGACAGGUUCUCUGUUCUUGCUACUACAACGCCCCGCUACUCUCGGUACUUUAGGCUCAAACCCAACGAGAGUUCCGAUCCAGGUGACGCGGAAUACAUUUUCGAUUUCACCGAUUUAAGGGCGGCUACGGACUCCUACAUCGAUUCGAUCAUCAUUGAGUUAUGUUUCCCCAACGGCACGUAUCCGAAGGCCAUCCUCUACCAACUCUUGCGCGAAGCUACUGAGGAAUCCCGGCGAGAGGCGAAACAUUUCCCACAAACUCUUUGGGACGCCGUGGGGGAUCUUUCGGCUUGUGUUGAUUUGCAGAUGAUGCUUGAAGCACCGUUGUUUGGACCCGAUGGAGAUGCAUGGAAGAAGCAGCCGCGCAAUAUGCCAGAGGAGUACGAAAAUUGGAUUGAUGCACAAUUUUAUUCUCAAAGAGCAUCCGACAUGGUCGCCAAUUUCAAGGAUCUAAUGUACCCCCUUGAGAAGACUAGGAAGAAAUCUGUUCUCGAUGACAUUUGGAAGGCCAUACAGCAGAACUACAUCUCUGUGUCUGGACAAGACGCCGAUUCCCUUUGGGGUUUAUCGGAUGCUUUUAAUUAUGCUCCACAGUGGAGCUCUUAUUUUUUCCCUGGGCUCGCUGAAGAAUCUGACAACGAAGACAUGCCACGGUUGUCGUCCAACAAUAAGAGUAAAAAGAAGAAACCGCUUGCUAUCACUGAUGGUAACGAGAGCCAUAACUCAAUGCCUGGUUUGCAGUCGGUUUCGAAUACGUCUGACAGCGAUGACUUCGACGAAUAUACGGACGAAGACGACUCAGAUGAAGAGGAAGAGGAAUCAGGCAGCGAGGGUUACGACACAGAGCAAGAGGAUGAAAUCCGCGAUCUUCUCCGGGAGGCGAUGGAUGCCGCCCAUGAAGCAGACUGGCUUGACACAUCCAAUGGCCCACCUCCAGAAUUGGAUCCCUUCCAACAAGAGGACCGCAAGGGAAAUCCAUUCUUGAAGCUCUUGGGCUCGUUGAGAGGACGAAUGUUUUCUUCCAAUGCGAAGCUGAAAACUCCAACGAUCAGGACUGAGCCGAGAUCUCCACCAGUUCGAGGAGCCUUCCGAGCUACUCCAAGCGGCGUGCCGAAAAAUGUUCCUCCAUCUAUCCCUCCCAAGCCUGCUCCGAAGCCCGCACAAACUCCAGCCCAACCAGCUCCUCCGAAGAGCCAGAGAGCUACAGUGGAAGAUGUGGAUGACGAUGAUGACGUCGCGUCUGUCGCCUCGAAGAAGAAAAAAAAGAAGAAAUCCAAGAAGAAAAAAUCUGCGACUGGGGAUGGCGUCCCGUCGUCGCCCACUCCGUCCGUACAGUCUUUCACCUCGGUGUCGACGACAGCUCCAGCAGCCCCUGCAAAGAAUGCAGCCGCACCUGUAUCGUCCCCGAAGAAAGCCGCACCUGCUGUGUCUGCUCCAUCCUACGCAUCUUCCACGACUUCGCUGCCCCUUGGACAGACGACCGCCCAGUCAGCUCAUUCUUAUCUCCAGCAGUUAAACAUCAAGUCAGAAAAGAAGGUCAAGUCGCGCCCAGACCACUCUUCCCUGUUUUCCAACCCGGAGGAAGAGAAGAAGGGGUUCUUCUCCAAAUUCUCCUCGCAGAAGAAAGACAAGGGAGACGACGACAAAGCCGCGAAGCAAAGCUGGUUCUCAAAACUCGGCAAGAAAACGACGGGUUUGAUGCACCAGCUUCUCCAGACAAGCGAGGACCAAACGGACGGUCGGGCUCCUAUGAAGUGGGAGCAAUUCUUGAAGUUGAUGCGUGAGAUGGGUUUCACGUAUGAUCCAAGCACGGCUGGAUCUAGCGUUCGCUUUGAUCCACCGAACAAGAACGAUUGGCCAAUCACAUUCCACAAGCCACAUCCUGAUCCGACAAUCCAACCGGUCAUGUUGAAGAAGUUCGCCAGACGUCUCAAGCGAUACUACGGCUGGAAUGAAGAAGACUUGCUGAGAGUUUAA